UAAGCAGCAAGUCUCUUGUAGGGUAGGGGUGUGAACAUUUCCACACACACGCAUGCAAGCAGACAGACAUACACAGUCCUUGUUUCUCUUCAGCAACAGUCCGGUCACACACUGCAAGCGGCAGAGGGCAGCAUUACAGCGAACCAACUAUUACCAUCAUCGGAGCAGAAAACUAAAGGCGCAGCCAUGGGGAAAGGAUGCAUCACAGUCACCAAGUACUUUCUAUUCCUCUUCAACCUCCUUUUCUUCAUCUUUGGAGCACUCAUUAUGGGCUUUGGCCUGUGGGUCCUCUUUGAUAACCAGAGCUUCAUCGCUGUUUUACAGGAAUCAUCAGACACAGUGAAAGUGGCUUCCUACAUCCUCAUUGGAGUGGGCUCCCUGUCCAUGGCCAUGGGCUUCUUUGGCUGCAUAGGAGCCAUCUAUGAAAUCCGCUGUCUUCUGGGUCUGUACUUCACCUGCCUCCUGCUCAUCCUCAUCGCCCAGGUCACUGCUGGAGUUCUCAUUUACUUCCAAAGAGAUCGGUUGAAAUUCGAGAUGUCCAACAUCAUAAAAGGAAUGAUCAUCAACUACACUGGAGAGAACAGGACCACAGAGCACACCUGGGACUACAUUCAGAGGACGAUGAAAUGCUGUGGGUGGACUGGUCCAGGAAACUGGACUGAGAACAACCUGAUCAAGAACAGCACCCUGUACCUCUACUCCUGCUCCUGUCGUAAUGAUUCCCUGCCGGGCUCAGAGAUCAAGGAAGUUGGCCUUUGUGAACACCUGUCCACAGAUUUACCCAUUCAUGAAACGGGCUGUAUGACCAGCGUGGAGAAGUGGCUCAUGGACAACUUUGGAGUUAUUCUGGGAAUCUGUGUUGGAGUGGCAGUCAUCGAGCUCCUCGGGAUGAUCCUCUCCAUGUGUCUGUGCAAGAGUGUCGUACAGGAGGAUUACACCAAAGUACCAAAGUACUGAAGACAGAUCCAGCUUCACACCAGCACACAGAUGGACCCACUCUUUUACUCUCUCUGUCUUUGUCUCAGUCCCCUGAGCGCGCACACACACACAAAUUAAGACAGCUGUCUCCACCAUUUGAGCUCCCCAUGCCUUGACAGCUGUGUAGAUUUUUCACACCCCAUAUGUCACACAAACACACAGUCAAACUUGACACACUUGUUGGACACGAGUCCCACAAGUUCCACUUGUUGUCUUUUCCUUCAGUGUUUUUAAGGAGAUUUGUUUGUUAAUUUUAUUUGGUGGAAGCCUGAGAGUUUUGAGGUUUUAUACUAAUGCAAAUGUACAUUUACGUGUUGUUUUGUUUAUGGAUGACCUCAAUGAAGCGUUUAACAUCGUAGUAGAGAGAGCACUUUAGUGACAUUUGGUGAGCAGAGAGCCAGAGCAUGUUAUAACUCUGGGGCUUGGAGAUGAGAGGGAGACAGAGGGGUGUGGUGGGGUUUGGGUGGUAGCCGCUCUAAAGGGUUAAUGCCACUUUGUGAUCGUGCAGCUGGUAUUUUGGGGUCUGAGGGUGGAGGAGAAACUGGGGCAGGGCUGCUGUGGUGGAGGUUUUGGCGUCUUUCAUCAGCUCCAUGUACCCAGUAGCCCUGAUAUUAACCUCUGUUUACACCCACCACCACCACCACCUCCUCCCUCCUGCUGAUCGUCUCUAAAUCACGUCUCUGUCCUCCUCCUCGGGUGUGUCUGACUGGUACCCAGUAGCUUCCCAAAAUGACUAGUUAUGCAUGAAGUAAGUGUGUGUAUGAUGUGUUGAGUGAGUAUUUUUAUUCUUUUUAUAUUCUCAUGCCAUCUCUGUUUUGUUUUUUUAAAUCUGUACAUACGACUUUGGGAAGGGAUUACGGCACCUUAGUGCUUUAUCAGCGUUUCAUUUUGGAAAGCUGUCACCCACAUGCUCUUGUUUUAAGAUUCCUACUGUUAUUCAUUUCCUGUCCGUUGUUUAUGAUGUACACAAAAUGUCUGCCGCAGCAGCUCGUCAGCAAUAUCCAGGUCUGAUUUGGAGAAAUCCCCAAACCCUCAGAGUGAACAUGUCAUCACCUCAGCUACUAUAUUUUGAUUUCUUACAUUUUUUUAGCUCUGUUAACAGACGACCAAACCUUCCUCGUCCUUGUUCACCCUCAUAGCAGUAGCAUUUUGAAAAUGGCAGCUGUGUGACCACAAUGUAUUUUCCCUUCUCUGCAGGAUUGUUUUCCCAGAAGUCAUUUAGUCUGGUUUAUAUUAUCCGUAACAAGAGCAGAGAAGAACCUCAGUCCGACAGUGAUUUCAUAUUUGUGAAGCAUGCAUAACCAGAAAAAGACAUUUUAGAACUGAAGCUAAAAUGUAGCUUUGAGUGUCCUCGUCCCACUUGUCCAUCUUGUCAUCUCAGUCCUCCCACUUCAGUUCAAACACACUAUCAUAUCUGAAUUUAUGCUUAAUUUAGCGGAUACAUUUGCACUUUUAUGCGGGCUGGUUCGUUUUCCACGCCAGCUCACACCAGUCAUUUCAAAUCAUGUUCAUCAAGCUGCAAUUACACAAGAGCGCUGAAACCUACCAUUAGAGGAAAAAAAAUACAGUUGUAUCCGUCAUAAUUACACUCAGCCUCUUUUUUUUUUAUGACCUGACAAAUUGAAACGUCUAUUUAACUUAAUAAGAGAUGAAGGCUUUUCAUUGUGUGUUAAGAAUAUUUGUACACUUUUUACAAGAAGAUAAUGUCUUUGUUUAGUAGAAAAAAUAUUUGUGGACCUGUAAGCCAUGUUUAAAACAAAUGUUUUCUUUUUUAUUAAAAACUAUUAAUAAAUCUCAA